AUGGACACUAAUAUAGUAAAACCGGAGUUUCUAGCAAAGAAUGCAUCAUUCGUUACAGCAACAUUUUGCUUCUCUCUUGAUCCUCCUAUGAUCAAUUCUCAUGGCAUUUUUAAUAAUACGGAUUCUCCGGCGGAUUUUUUGAAAUUCUCGUUGCCGCUUCUCGAAUUGCAAAUCGCUCUCAUUUGCAUUGUUUAUCAAGCAAUUCAUUUUUUUCUUAAGCAUAUUGGCAUCACCAGUUUUGUCUCACAGAUUCUUGCGGGAUUAGUUCUUGGACCAACAUGCCUCGGAAGAUUAGAUUUCAUGAGACGUGUAAUAUUUCCUCAUGAUAGCCAAGAAGUAAUAUCUACAUUUGCAUUAAUAGGGUUUCAAAUGUUUUUAUUCUUGAGUGCAGUGAAGCUCGACGCCGGAGUAGUACUUAAAUCUGGAAAAAUCGUCAUGUUUAGUGGUAUAGGGAUCGUGAUUUUACCAUUAUUAUCGGGGUUUUUUGUCGUAUUUCUUAAUGUAGCUAAUUUAUCCGCCACAAAAACAUUAUACGAAGCCGGAAUUGUUGUUAUCAUGCAAUGUUUCACUACUCUAUCGAUUAUCGCUCAUGUUCUUGAUGAACUUAAUCUUGCAAACACCGAGAUCGGACGGCUAGCAUUAUCUACAGCAUUAAUCGGCGAUAUGCUAUGCAUUGUCGUUAUGUCAGUUACAAUCGCAACAGUCGAUAGUUCAAUGACUAAUAUGUUCGUCGGAAGUACGGCAAUCGUGAUUUAUAUUCUCGCUGCAGUAUUUAUUUUUCGGCCGUCCGUGUCGUGGAUAAUGAGACAAACUCCUCAAGGAUCACCCGUUGAAUCCACCUACAUUUAUUUCAUCAUCAUAGUCGUGAUCGCAUCGGAAAUAUAUUUCAAAUUUUUCCGACAAGGUCAAUGCAUAGGACCACUUGUUCUUGGAUUAUUUAUUCGGGCCGGCUCGCCGUUAGGGUCCGCGAUUAUAGAGAAGUUCGAGGGUUUUGUUUUAGGGGUAUUGAUGCCUCUUGCGGUUACUACAUCAAUACUUAGGGCAGAUUUGAGCUUGAUUUUAUGGAAAUUUUCGGAAAUUAAAUUAUACUUGCUAUUGAUGGCAUUGCCAUCUAUAACUAAAUUCAUAUCAUGUUUGGUACCUGCAUUGUAUUGGAAAAUGCCAAUUGUUGAUUCAUUGAUAUUUUCUGUGAUUAUGACCAGCAGAGGUAACAUGGAGCUUACAGCAUAUAUACUAGCAAGAGAUAUUCUGAUAGUAACCGACGACGUUUUUGCAGUUCUAGUUCUUUGCUUGCUCAUAAACUCAACCUUCGUGGGAAUCUUUGUGAAAUACUUCUAUGAUCCUGCAAGAAAAUACGCAGGUUACCAAGUGAGAAAUAUUAGAAGUUUGAAACCGAAAUCCGAAAUGCGAAUUCUUACCUGCAUUUACAAGGAUGCAAACAUAACAUCAACGUUAAAACUUCUCGAUUCUUUUCAUCCAAACGUGGAGAAACCGCUCGACGUUUACGUUCUUCAUCUACUACAACUUAUCGGAAGAGACACGCCGAUCCUAAUAUCACACGAGAAUCGGCAACCGGUAAAUGAAUCCAGUUCACAUAAUGUCAUUAUUGCAUUCAAUCAAUUUAAACAAAACAAUUGGGAUAGUGUAUCGGUUUCUGCUUUUACCGCAAUAUCUCCUUUAAAAUCGAUGAAUGAGGAUUUAUCUAUACUCGCGCUCGAUAAGAUCGCGUCAUUUAUAUUACUUCCGCUCCAUAGACGAUGGUCUAUCCACGGAAGUAUCAUAGAAGAAGAUAGCAAUAUACGGAAUAUAAAUUGUAAAGUUCUUGAAAAAGCUCCAUGUUCGGUGGCAGUUUUUUUCGACCGUGGAAAGCUCGGUCGUCGUUCUUCGACAACGGUGUCCGAGGCGGUCCCGCUUUCUAUAUGCAUGAUAUUUAUGGGUGGUAGCGAUGAUCGGGAGGCGUUGUCGUUAGCGAAACGGAUUGCGAAGGACUCGAAUGCGAAUUUAACGGUUGUAAAUUUGCUACCAUCGAUUAGGGCUUGUGGGAAAAAUCCUGAAGAUGAAAUGAUUGAUUCGUGGGCGAUGGAGAAUGCGAAAAGAAGUAAGGAAAAUGGUGUGAAUUUGAGAUAUAAAGAGCAAAUGGUGAAAGAUGGACCAGAAACAGCACUGCAAAUUCAUUCAAUUGUGGAUGAAUUUGAUCUUUUUUUAGUUGGGAGACGAUUUGGUGUAGAAUCUCCGCAAACACUAGGUUUAGAGAAAUGGGCUGAGAUUCCUGAGCUAGGGAUUAUCGGAGAUUUGCUUGCAUCCAAGGAUUUUAAUACCAGAGCCGCUGUUUUGGUGGUGCAAGAACAAAAACAAAUGAAGUAG